UGGAGAUGGAAGGGGACAGCCAGGGGCGGAGGGGAGGGGGCUAGUGGGAGUGGGAGCAGGGUUGUGAUAUCCCCCCUGCACCCAUGGCCAAACUGAACUGAACGUGAGGGGAUUGCUAAUGAGCUGGAGGAGAGUUAAACAUUCCCCUGCUCCAGAGGGCUACAUUCCCCUGCUCCAGAGGGCUAAGCUGGGAUGGGAGAGAGAAGAGGGAGGUGGGCGCUAGGAGGGGGAAGCCUGAACCCCAGGAAUGUGCAGAGGCCACGGCUCCCUCCCCUCCAGGAUGCUCUGGAGCUGGGGGCCGGGGCCCAGUGCCUCCGGCCCCAGCAGGAGCUGCUAAGCCAGCCAACAGGGGAUUAACGAACGGGCUGAACAGUCUGCCUUCCUUCAGGCUCAUGCUGGAAGGUUGGUGCUAUUUCCUACCUCCCUGCCAGAACCUUUGCUGACUGGCAGCCGGGUCUGACCUAGCCUUGACGGGGCCCCUCUUCUGCCCCCGCAGAUCUCAAAGAGACCCCACAGUGUGUAUUCCCUAGUGUGGCCUCUUCUGUUUUGAAUACACAUGGCUCCUAGGUACCUUAGACCCCCUCUCCCUAAAACCUCUUCGCCAGUCCACUCUCCAUAUCUGCCUUCAGAGUCCUGUCCAACCCUGAGGUCUUACCUGCUGCAGACUGGAAUUCCAUUUCCUUUCUGUCCUUCAGUCAGAGAGACAGAAAGCCCCCAGGGUCAGAUCAGCCACGCAACAUCCAAGUCGUCAGCUCAGGGCUGGUUCUUGGGGUAGGAAUUAGAAUUUUAGGGCACUGGCAUCAGGUUCCUAAGUGGUUUCCCUGAGGAGGGACCCUGAGGACGAGCAGGGUCCCUUCUCCCAGCCCCUCCCUUCUCUAUCCCUGGGGGGUGGAGGCGGGGCGGAGCGGGGAGGGGGCACCCACCUGGGUCAAGGCCCCGCCCUUGCAGGGGGCUGGGCAGGAGCUUUGCUGGGGACCCUACCCUGGCUUAGGCAGCUGCUGUGGGCGGGCCCCUGGCCUUGCCAGCGCCUGGGCCUCCCCCUGCAUUCUAGAGCCCCAGCCGCUGCCUAUGCUGCUGCCUUGGCUGGGCUGCCACCUCUUCUUCUCAUUCUCUGACCACUGCUGCACUCCACCCCCCUGCCCAGCUGCUCCGCUCACCUGGCCAUGACCCCAGCUCCCCCAGGGACCCUGGCCCAGCCCUGAGCUCUGGGACCCCCAGCGCCCUCCCCUGGGCCAUGGCCAAUUCGGGCCUCCAGCUCCUGGGCUACUUCCUGGCCCUCGGUGGCUGGGUGGGCAUCAUCGCCAGCACAGCCCUCCCGCAGUGGAAGCAGUCCUCCUACGCUGGCGAUGCCAUCAUCACCGCCGUGGGCCUCUAUGAAGGGCUCUGGAUGUCCUGCGCCUCCCAGAGCACCGGGCAGGUGCAGUGCAAGCUCUACGACUCACUGCUCGCCCUGGAAGGUCACAUCCAGUCUGCACGAGCCCUGAUGGUAGUGGCCGUGCUCCUGGGCUUCGUGGCCAUGGUCCUCAGUGUCGUUGGCAUGAAGUGCACCCGGGUUGGAGACAGUAACCCCAUUGCCAAGGGCCGCAUCGCCAUCUCUGGGGGUGCCCUCUUCCUCCUGGCAGGCCUCUGCACUUUGACUGCUGUCACAUGGUAUGCCACCCUGGUGACCCAGGAGUUCUUCAACCCGAGCACACCUGUCAAUGCUAGGUACGAGUUUGGCCCAGCCCUGUUUGUGGGCUGGGCCUCUGCUGGCCUGGCCAUUCUGGGGGGCUCCUUCCUCUGCUGCACAUGCCCGGAGCCUGAGAGAGCCAACAGCAGCCCGCAGCCCUACCGGCCUGGCCCAUCAGCUGCCGCCCGAGAACCAGUUGUUAAAUUGUCUGCCUCCGCCAAGGGGCCCCUGGGUGUAUAAUGUCCAGGUCCCUAGCCUGACCCUGGUCCCUGCCAUACCUAGACUGUGUGUGUGGUAUUUUUUGGAAAGAAAAGUGAACAUCCAGCCCCAAGUGUGGUGUCAUUUGAUCCAUUCCUGGCGCAGCUAGGGUGGAGCCUGGCUCAGGGAGGUCAGAGCUGGUCCCUGAGGUUGUUGGGCAUAAAGAUGGGGAGACAGAGGUCCAGGGUGGGUUACACAGCACAUCCAAGGCUGAUCAGGCCUCCUGCCCCCUGCCCAGUAACCUCCCCAGCAUGGCUUGGGUUAGUACCAGGACCCAUCCUGAGGCCUGGCCCAGUGCUGGGAGCCAGCCCUGGGAUUGGGGAGCCCCCAGUCUGGAGAGAGACACAACCCCACCCAGGUUGCUUUGCUUGCCCCUGGGAGCCCUCCUGGGAGAGGGGAAAGUCCCUGGGAGGCCCUCCAGCUGGCUUCUGAGGAUCAGAGCUGAGCGGAGGGAAAAACUUCAGGCGCUCACUAAGAGGAGAAGGGACUGGGGAAGGAUGUUAGGGCCUUUCAGACAUUAGGACUGUCCUGAGCAAGGCUGGAAGCUCCAGCUCUGCUCCCACACCAAUGCUGCCCGCUUUCCACACCCACCAGUCCUCCUCUCCAGUCUGCUGGGGCCUGCUACAUCCCGCUCCUGAACCGGGGCAGGGAGGGGGUGGCCCGAGGCUACCUGAAACUGCAGCUGGAGCUCCAUCCUCACACAGAGGUACUGUCAGAGCCAGAAGGGCUUUUGGUUUCGAAGUACAGGUAACCACCCCUUUAGUCUAGACGCGGGUGACGUCCUCAGAGGAAUAUCAAGAAAAUUAACCCAGAUCAGCUCCUCCUCUCAUGCUCAGGCCUCUCCCACCCCAAAUGUCCUCCCUGGACUCUGAGUCGCUCUCUGACCGCUCUCUCAACUGGAAAGAGCUGACAGUGACUGCCUCUUGCCUUCCCUAAGCCCUCCUCAGCCAGUUCCGUUCUGGCUUCCUCCAUCAUCUUCUGACCACAUCUCCCAUCAAAUCACAGAUCCCAAGGACAUAGCUCAGCGUUCACAAGCUUGCCUCUGAGAGGUGAAGUCAGACAAGAUGACUGUUGGGGGCACUAGGGCGGGGCAGGAGGAUGGGAGGAGAGAAGAGCUGCUGUAGGGUAAUUGGCGUGGGGCUCUGGCCUGGCAGCUGCCGCACUUCCGUGGGAAGCCUUAGGCGUGGCUGUUUCAUGAGACCUGUCCAGCCUCUGGCCAGAGGGGGUGGACACCUGAUCCUAAAUGGGUUUAGCAGAGUCCUGACCCUCUCCUCCCAAUUAUGAAUGAAAACUGUGAGAGUCCCUCUGGGGGCCUGAGCUGUAAGUCAGCUGUUUUCACCCCUGGGUAUGUAUUUGACACAUCCCAACUUAAAUUGGCCUGGGAACGGUCUGAGUUCAGGCAGAUCCCAAGGGAUUGCAACAUGUGGUAAGCACUGAGGCCUAAAGUUGGGGCUACAUUUCUCACUACUUUGAAGGGGGUCUCGGAGGGAAAAAGCCACCCUACAAGAAGCGAGGAAAGCUGAGAAGCAGCUCUGCCUUCUUCUACCUUUCCUGAGACCAGCUGUUCCAUGCCACAUCCUUCCAAUAAAUGACCCCUUUUGCUGAGAUAA